UAAUAACUAUGUUAUUAUUUACUGGACGAUGUUUGUGACAACCAAACCCGGGCUUGGGCAGCAAAGUCUCUCGCCCUCCGAGAAGUCAGAACCCGGCAAGGUCGGCAGCGGCAUGGCAUGGCAUCUGGACCCCGUCGUCUGGCCAUCUUACUUUAUCAAGUCUAUUAUUAUAUUAUUAUUCAGAGGCUUUGUGCUGUUAUCAAGGCCGCCGUGUCGGCGCUAGUUAUUUAACUAACUGGCGAGCUACGGUGGAAGGGCGUUUUAGCAGCCUUGGACGGAACUUUAAUCCAACACCCCCCCCCCAUCUCCAUCUCAAUCCGCCGGAAACAUCAGGGGGAAAGCUGGAGCAAGCUGGAUGGACGCUGGAUGGGAUAACUAGCUGGAUCGAUAAUAAUAAUAUCCGCAGUAUCAAACCAAACCAACCCAUAACUAACUUAACUAGUUAUGUUACCCCGCGCUCCGCAGCCGUGAAAAAGCUUCAAGCUCACCGAUCAUGCAAUCAUGCAAUCAUGCAAUCGCCUGUGUUCACCGUGAUCAACAUCCACAGACAGCUGCCAACUAGCCAACCGUCCACGGUUCGGAGACAGUUUUGCUUUUUUGAGCAACCAGCCGGCGUCCUGUGGCACCUACCGGCACCGGCACUGGCCAGCCAUCGCAUCGCAGUAGAAAACAUAGCUAACUUUACGUUACUUAGUUAACUAUGAUGAUGUCACGAGCUGUGGACUUUAAUCCAAAACAUGCGGACAUAUGCCAUCAGCAUGCCUAUCCCUGCAAUUGCUAUAGAUAGGAAUGCAGAAUAGUAACUAGCUAUAUAUCUCCUGAAAAUUAACGAACGCAGGAACAGAUUAAUUCAAGAUCCCUCUAUUAAUUUAUUUCUCUUCAUCAAACCAAAGCCAGCAAUCCCCUCAUUCCACAGAUCAUCCAAAACUGCUAGCAGCAGCAUAUUUACGCUUCUUCAAUUCGACAAACAAACACCCAAGCACCGCUCUACAACUUAUGCAAAAUGUCGAAGCUCAUCACCGUUUUCGGCGCCACUGGUAAUCAGGGUGGCUCCGUGAUCAGAGCCAUCCUCGCCGACCCCACGCUGUCCAAGGAGUUUAGAAUCCGGGGCAUCACUCGCGAUCCCUCCAAGCCUUCCGCACAGGAAUUGGCGAACCAAGGGGUUGAGAUGAUGAGUGCGGACAUGAGCUCCGUGUCUUCCCUCACCCCAGCCCUCGAAAACGCCCACACCGUCUUUCUCGUCACCAACUUCUGGGAAUCCGCCAAGGAGGAGGUCGAAAUCGCCCAGGGCAGAAACGUCGCCGACGCCGCUAAAUCCGCCGGCGUCUCCCACCUCAUCUUCUCCUCGCUGAUCAACGUCACGGAGGCCACAAACGGCCGCCUGCCGAAUGUGAGCCACUUCGACAGCAAGGCAAAUGUUGAGAAGUAUAUCCGGACCAUCGGGGUGCCGGCCACGUUCGUGUUGCCGGGGUACUUUAUGAGCAAUUUUGAGACCGCGUUGAGGAAGGGGCCCGAUGGGGUGUUUACGUUGAACAUGCCCGUGAGCGAUAAGGCGCAGUUCCCGCUGUUCGAUGUUGUUGGUGAUACGGGAAAAUUCGUGACCGCCGUCAUGAAGAAAUACCCCGCCACCCUCGGCAGAGACAUCUACGAGGCUACCGACUACUACACCCCAAGCCGCAUCGUCUCCGAAUUCACGGAAGUAACAGGCUACCCAGCCAAGGCGGUCCAGAUUACCCCUGAACAAUACAAGUCCUUCAUGCCCCCGCACGCCGCACAGGAAGUUUUGGAAAACCAUCAACUGCUAGAGGGACCCGGGUACUUUGGCGGCGCAAGUUUGGGUGAGAGUCUUGCGCUGUUGGAGCAGAAACCGACUAGUUGGAAGGGGUUUGUAGAGAGGGCGAAGAGUUACGCUUGGAAGUAAUGAGAGGGUGGGUGCUGAGUUCAGUAGGCUGGGGAAAAGUCAUUUGAUUUUUUUUAACCUUUCAAGUAACUAUAAUACUGAUGUACGCUUUAGUUGUGGAUGGUUUAUUUUCAGCUGUAUAAAAUUGAGGAGGAACUCCUCUCUGACUUGAGUACAUACUUAAAUAGGCAUUCGUCGAUUAUUGACAUAAAUUAAUGGAUUUAAUAUAUCUAAAUACUUAUAUCCCUUUUCUGAACCAACCCCCUCAAUCAUCAUUAACAUACCUCUCAAAAACAUCCCCAUAAAACCUUUUCCCAACAUCCCGGUGACUCCUUACCUUCGUCCUCAGCUGCGACUCACCCCACGUAUCAUACUCCCCCCUCAAAAACGGCGAAUCAAUCCCCCUCCCCUCCUCAGACUCUCCCCCGUCACCACCACUACCACCCAACAAACCAACCUCCCAAAACUCCUUCAGCCUCCCCAGCGCCUCCUCCUUUGUCAAAUUCCCCCUCACCCCCUGGAAAAACGGCACGCUAAACCUCUCCGCCGACCCAGGUUCCAUAACCACCCGGUGCGUCGUGGCCUUGCACACCCCAUUCGUAACAACCUCAAACGCCUGCCCGAUAUUCACCACGAACGUGCCCGGCACGCAGGGAACGUCGAUCCAGCCGCCGGCUUUAUUCAGCGCCUGCAGCCCCUUCACGGAGGGCGGGGAGGCUUGAAGGAGGAACGUCCACCAGCCCGAGGAGUCCUUGUGCGGGCCGACGCCUUGCGUGGGUGUUUCGCCGGAAUCGGCGGUGGGAGCAGUGGUGCCCGG